AAAACCUUCCCUUUUUCUAAUUCUUCUUCGUCUUCUUCCUCCAUCCCCGCCGUUUCUUCUGCCGCUUCUUCCAAACAGAUUUUGUUUAUUUCUUCCCCCCUUUAUUUUCCCUUCCCUUUUCUUUUCAAUUAUUUUAUUAAUUUACUCUCACAUUAGCAUGCUUUAGAAUGUUUGUUACACUGUGUGACUGUGUGUGCUACGUUCAUCGUGAUAUAUAUAAAGAAGCUUCCUUUUCACCACUCCCUUUCUCACUCUAAACAAAAAAAAACUCACCGCUUUUUCGUUUUCCUCUCUUUAUCACCCACCAUGCCCACUCACAAAAGGCUUGCAAAAACCCUAAUCUCCACCUUUUCUCUCCUCUUUGCCGCUUCUUAAUCUCUGCUAGUUUAUUCAGCUUUUUUUUUUUGGUUUCCGAGUGAUAUAAAGGCAUAAGGGGAAGGUAUUUUGAUUUUUGAAAGGAAAUGAGAGAAACCCAUUUGGGAUUGUUGUCAUGGAAGGUGUUUCUGUUGAUGAUUUCGGUGAAUUAUGUGACCCUUUUGGCUGUGGUUCAGUCGCAGCCCAGCAGUGGUAACGAUGCUGCGGUGAUGAUUCAGCUGAGGAAGAAUCUGAACCCGCCAAGUUCACUGGGGUGGGAUGACCCGGACCCCUGUAACUGGAACCAUGUCCAGUGCGUUAACAAACGUGUGACCCGGAUCCAAAUUGGAGACAAGCAACUUUCGGGGUCUCUCCCGGAGAACCUCAACAGCCUCACAUCAUUGGAGAUUUUUGAAGUUUACCUGAAUUCACUCUCUGGGCCGCUGCCCAGUCUUUCUGGUUUGAGCUCCCUCCAGCGGAUUAUGGUCAGGGACAACAAUUUUAGUUCCAUUCCCCAUGAUUUCUUCGAUGGCUUAACCUCUUUGCAAACUGUUGUUUUGGAUAAGAAUCCAUUCUCUGCGUGGGUAAUUCCUGAUGGUAUCCAGGCCGCUUCUCCAUUGACUCUUUUUACUGCUACAUCCGCCAAUAUCGUCGGCACUAUUCCGGGAUUCUUCGGGACUGCAUUUCCUGGGUUGACAACACUUCAAUUGUCUUUCAAUAAACUGGAGGGCGGCCUUCCUCCUAGUUUUUCAGGUUCGUCUUUGCAAACUCUGUGGCUAAACGGGCAAAAUUUAAAUGGAAGCAUUGAUGUUAUUCAGAAUUUGACCAGUUUAACUGAAAUUUGGCUACAUGGCAAUUUGUUCACUGGGCAAUUGCCGGAUUUUUCUGGGCUUAAACAGUUGCAGAAUGUUAGUUUGAGGGAUAAUCAGUUUACUGGCCCUGUUCCGGAGUCAUUAAUCGGUCUGCCUUCUUUGGUUGUGGUGAAUUUAACUAAUAACUUGUUACAAGGACCGAUGCCAAAGUUCGGUGGCUCUGUAAGUGUUGAUAUGGCGGGUCAGAAUAGUUUCUGUACUAGUACUCCUGGAGCUACGUGCGAUCCUAGGGUUAAUAGUUUGCUUGCGGUGGCUCAAGAUCUGGGGUAUCCAGCCCAAUUUGCAUCAAAUUGGAAAGGAAAUGAUCCAUGUGCUGGCCCAUGGGUGGGAAUUACUUGUUUGAAUGGGAAUAUUGUGGUGAUUAAUUUUCAGAAUAUGAAACUUAGUGGUACAAUAUCACCAAAUUUUUCAUCCAUUCCCACAUUGCAGAAGCUUAUCUUGGCAAACAAUAACCUUACGGGGACAAUACCAAACCAGCUUACUACUUUACCUAACCUUCAACUAUUGGACGUGUCUAACAAUCAACUUUAUGGCAAAGUUCCUGCAUUUGCAGCUAAUAGAGUGGAAGUGAAAACUGGUGGAAAUGUGAACAUCGGAAAGGAUGGUCCACCCCCUGGGACACCAGGAGCAACUCCGGAUGGAUCUCCUGGUGAUAGUGGCAGUGGUGUUACUGGUGGUGGCAAAAAGUCCUCUACCGGGGUGAUUGUGGGUUCAGUGGUUGGUGUUGGUGCAGUUAUUGUUUUUGCCUGUUUGUUGGUUUUCUUUAUCAAGAAGACAAAACGCAAGGGAUCUAACCGAGUGCAGGCUCCAAGCAAUGUGGUUAUCCAUCCUCGUCAUUCUGGUUCUGAUCAAGACACUGUUAAGAUCACUAUUGCAGGUUCCAGUGUUGGUGGCACAAGUCAAAAUUACAGCCACAGUAGUAAUGACCCUAGAGAUAUUCACAUUGUGGAGAGUAACGGCUUGAAGAUUCAAAUUGAGGUCUUAAAGAAAGUAACUAACAAUUUCAGUGAGGACAAUAUUUUGGGCAAGGGUGGAUUUGGAACUGUAUACAAAGGGGAGUUGGAUGACGGUACUAUGAUUGCAGUCAAGAGAAUGGAAUCAGGAGUGAUGACUGAUAAGGGUUUGGAGGAGUUCCAGUCUGAAAUUGCAAUUGUGACAAAGGUCCGACAUAGACAUUUGGUUGCUCUUCUUGGAUUUUGCUUGGAUGCCGCUGAGAGGAUACUUGUUUAUGAAUAUAUGCCUCAGGGAGCCCUCAGCAGGCAUUUGUUUGAUUGGAAGGAGGAACAAUUGAAGCCUUUAGAUUGGAUGAAAAGGCUGACCAUUGCAUUGGAUGUGGCCAGGGGUGUUGAAUAUUUACAUAGUUUAGCUCAACAAAGUUUUAUUCACAGGGAUCUUAAGCCCUCAAAUAUCCUAUUGGGAGAUGAUAUGCGAGCUAAAGUAGCUGAUUUUGGACUUGUUCGACUUGUUCCUGAGGGGAAAGGAACCGUUGUCACUAGAUUGGCUGGAACUUUUGGCUACCUUGCCCCUGAAUACGCAGUGAUGGGCCGAGUGACAACCAAACUCGAUGUUUUCAGCUUUGGGGUAAUUUUGAUGGAGUUGAUUACUGGAAGGAAGGCUCUAGAUGAAUCCCGUCCAGAGGAAAGUGCUCAUUUGGUUUCAUGGUUCCGCAGAACCCUUAUCAGCAAAGAGCUCCAGAAAGCUAUUGACCCUACGAUCGAGCUCAAUGAAGAAACUCUUGCAAGCAUAACCACUGUUGCCGAGUUGGCUGGUCAUUGCUGUGCUAGAGAACCACAUCAAAGGCCUGACAUGAGUCACGCAGUCAAUGUUCUUUCAUCCCUUACAGAGAUGUGGAAACCAACAGAAGCUGAUCCCGAUGACCUCUAUGGAAUCGACUAUGAUAUGACUUUGCCUCAGGCUGUUAAGAAGUGGCAAGCGCUGGAAGGAACCAACAGUAUGGAGAGCUCAUCUUACUUUGGCAGCAAUGACAACACUCAAACCAGCAUACCGACUCGGCCUUCUGGAUUUGCAGAUUCUUUCACAUCGUCUGAUGGAAGGUGAUUUAUCAGAAUUACCAAAUAUCAGAAAUCAGCGAUGAGAUUUAGGCCCCCUAUUUUGGUGGCCUGAGUGGAGAUUUGGUUUGUUCAUUCCUUCUGCCCCUUUCCCCCCCCUCAUUCCCUGACUCUUCAUUUCUCUGGUCUGUUGUAGCUGUUUUAAUGUCCUUAAAUCUUCUUUACACUGAUGUCCAGAGGAUAAUCUGUUUGUAGUUUGGAUGAGUUCGUUUGUAGACGGUAGUCCAUUUCUCUUCUUAAGUAGCAGUGAUGAUGCAAAUAGCUUCAUAACAAUUUUUGUAAAUGCUACUAAGUACCGCCAGCCAUCAAUUCUCUGUUGCAAAAAUAUCAUUUUCUGCUACAAAGUAUCGUCUUAAACCAGCAUUUUGUUUUUGCC